UCAGGAGUCCAAGGCCAGCACCUCCUACCCUGUGUUCAAGGUUCAUGCCAGGUUGUCAAUAGAGAGCUGCCAGUUCCUCGCUGCCUCCUCAGACUGAAAAGCCUCCUUGGAAGCUCAAAGAAAGGAGAAUCAUGAUUCCCUGCGAUUUCUGCCUAGGGAUACCUCACUCAGCAGAGAAGAAGUGUCUGACCUGUGAGGCGUCCCUGUGCAGGGACCACCUGAGGAAACACAAUUCAAAGGCCACCCAGAAGGACCAUGCCUUGGUGGCUCUUGGGACCGCUGGGACCCAGGAGGAGAAGAAAUGCCCAGAACAUGCCAUGCUGCUGGAAUGCUUCUGUCAAGACGACUUGGCGUGUGUUUGCAAGGCCUGCUCCACCACUGGCUCCCACAGCAGCCACAGCGUCGUCGCCCUGAAGGACGAGUACGACAAGCAGAUGGCAAUUCUCUCGCGGAUUAUGAAAUCAAUGCAGGAAUACAAAACUGCCACAAAAAAGACACUCUUACAGCUUCAGGAAAGUGAGGAUCAGAUAAAGAACAAUAAAAAAAUGUUGACAGAUCAGCUCUCCAGAAUCUUCCAAGAGAUCAAGUCUCAGGUAGAUCAGAAGGAGAAGCAGAUCCUAGGUGACAUCCAGUCCAAUGAGAAAAAGCAGCUGGCUGACAUGGCUGCUCUGAAGAAGCAAGUGGCAGACAAGAGGGACAUGGCUGCCCAGGGCCUUCGGGAGCUACAAGCACUAACAGAGAAAACAGAUGCUUGCAUCUUCCUCAAGGAUUUUCAGCUGGCCCAAGAGAGGAUUAAGAAACAGAAUUUCAGCAAUGACAGUGUGGAAGUGCUGACAGUGCAUCUGGAUCAGUCAGACAUUCAGGAUGUCAGAAGUCACACAACCAUGUAUAUCUCCAACCUAGACGCCCUGAUGCAAGUAGUACAUGGUAAAAUCAUUAACCAAACACAGUGGAGCAGGACAAUCCCAGCUGCUGAGUUCUCUCUUGAUGAUGUGAUUUGCAAAGUCUUCCCAUCACCGCCACCACCACUGACUAGGGAUAUAUCUGGAGAAAAUCCAGGUAAGCAAAACAGAAUAAACCAUGAACUAUGAACAACUGACCACUGAAUUGUCUGUCAAGGUUCCCACUAUUUCAAUGUUUUGACAACUUUUUAGUGUUAAAAAUCUCAAGGAACAACAUUUUCAAAAUCGUAAGCUGCAACCUUAUGGCUUAUGCUGGUACUGUCUGGCCCACAGAUACUUGGAAUCACAGC